AUGGAGUCGAUAAUCGGCAGACUGGCCAAACAACAAAUGCGAUGGGUGGUGGAGGUGUCAACGAGGGCUCUCAUUGGAGGAGUCGUGGGCAGCUUGUGCGACGUCAUCUGGAAAGUAGCUUUCGGCCCAGAUGAUGCUGCUGACCUCGAGCUGUUGGAGGGAAUAGGUCUUCGACUGGCAGACCUGGAAGGUGUUGAGAUCAGAUUGCUGUCGCGGCUUGUCGAGCAAAUGAUCGCGACGAGGACGAGACUCGAGACCGUGGAGGCCAGGGUGCAGAAUUUACAAAGGAUACAAGCAGCUUCUCAUGGUAAGGUCGCCGCCGAUGUGCCCCUUCAACGACCACGAAUCGAAGUAUGGCUAAUCGGAGUUAUUUGCGCAGCACAUACCGAGGAAGCACGCGCACCAGACUUUUCCGUGGCAAAGAGCGACCAGAUGCUACGCAAGGCUGGGCGAAUGCGCAUCCAUUACAGAGUCAUGAAGCGUGCAGCCAAGCGCGCUGAAGCCAAAUUGCGUCGUUCAAGAGAGGCCGCGAACAAGCGGAAGCGCAAGUUUGCCAGACUCGCACUUCUACCCAGCAACCCGAACCUCCAGAACUUGCCAACAUAUGGUCGCGAGAGACUGCAGAGAUCGCACUACUUUCAUUUAUGCCAGCAAACCUUCCCUUCUGGAAAUAAGAUGUAUAAGCACAAUCAGACCGAGCACAAGGGCGACCAGACGGGAUCCCGGACGAAUGACACCACUGCUUCCAACUCAAGUGCGGGCAGCAGCUCAGCCCAUUUCGGCGACUCCAGCAGAUUCUCUGUCCCCGCCAACCGUGAAGACCUGAAGGCGCCAGGGCUUUGA